CAUGGCUGUCUCUCGGUCCCUCGGUCGGUGCACACAGAUCUCCGUGUGGCUGAACCCUGAGGAACGUUUUGGGUUGUAACUUGCAAGAGGCUCCACCCUUUAAUGAAAAAAAGCAAGUCUCACAUUUCCCCACUUCCUCUUUCCGCCCACAACAUUCCCUUCCCGUUAUCUGUCAGACUGCUUCUCUGCAUGAAAAACCAAAACAAGGUGCGUCGCUGUGUGUUUUUGUUAAAAAAAACUCCUGUAAUCUUUGAGACUGUUUUUACAAUCUUGCAUUUCUGCCUUCUUAAAGUUGUUUGUAGGGGAGAGAAUGAACUUGGUUUGAUUAAUAAUGUGUUCUACUCCAACAACCUCAGGCAGUGUGAGGAAAUGGAGGAAACUGAGUCAACAACUAUAGAGAGAACAACAGGACAGGAUGGACAUCAAGCGGCAGACCACAUGCUAUCGAAGUCCAGCAAACCUCUUCAUCGCUUUGUCCAAAAAGGGCCCAGGAUUCUUGGGAUUGUCAUUUUAAUCUGUGGCUGUGCAGAGGUACUGAUGGGAUUUGUGCUGACCCGAGAAGAGGACCACACUUCUCAUGUAGUCUACAUCCCCUUCUGGCAGGGAGCGCUGUUUCUUAUCUGUGGAAACCUGUCCAUCUACACGGAGAUACAUCCAUCCAAGAAGAUGGUGACUGUCUGUCUGGCUAUGUAUAUGGUUUCACUUUUGGGACUCGUGGUCUCUAUUGCCUUCCGGAUCUCCUUCUUCACCGAUUUGAGGUUCAGAUACAACUCGAACAAAUGGUCCCUUUACAAAAUGGACCAGCUUCUUGGUAUUGAAGGCAUAUUGUUCACCUCCUCUCUGUGUGUGUCCGGGCUUCUCAUCUUCUUGUCUGCUGUAGCACGCUUAGCUCUGAAAUCCACACACACCGGGGUUAUUGUCCUGCACAUCCCGGCUCCACCGAGCAGCACAUCAAACUAAUCUCAACCUGUUGAGGUAUUCUUCUCUAGCUCGCACCCUGUGAGCGCGUCAUCAUCGUGUACAUCACACAUGGAUGCCACGCCCCCUAGUGGCCUAAACAGCUCAGCCACGUCUUGUUUUAGUCUACUUACUGUCUGGGUCCGAUAGGAAUGAACACAGCUAUGGCACAUGGUGAACUUACGCAUCAAGGCGAACAUGUUUUAAUACCGUUACUGUACUAAAAGUCAGAGGUAUGCUAUUUGGAACAAAUCGUUUGUCUUUAGCCACCAAUUACUCACAAAUGGCUGAUCUGUGCUGUGAAUGUGCAACUCUCAACAAAGAGGACAAAGGCCUGUCGCUCGCUCCAUAGCUACUUCCAUCACCUGCUCCGGUCGCAACAACGUCGAAUUCUCUUUAAGUCAUGUCAUAUUUUCAAUAAUGAUAAAUCCAAAAUAAAUUAACAUAUCUGUGUGUGUAUGGGUCAAUUUAUAGUUCAUAUUGCAUACAAUUAGUUUUGUUUUUUAACCCUUAUGUCAUUAAUAAAUGUUAUCAUUGUCAAUGUUACCUGCAUUAUUAAUACAGUUUGUCAAGUGUAUGGUUAUUGAAACUUUUGAUAAUCAAUGUGAACCUCUAAUUAGCUGCAGAUAUUUUAGCGUUUUGGUUACAGGUAAUUGCAAUUUAAGAUGUAUAGUAUAUUGACAUACAUUUGGCUUGUAAUAUACUCAUCCAUCCAGCAUGUUUUUUUAAAGCGCAUGACUGUAUACAUUCACCUACAUGGAUAUAAAAAACCUGCAGCAAAACUUUUUUUUGUGCCUGUGAAUGUGAAAAAAUAUAUAUUUAGCUUCAGUUUCAGGCACAAUACAUUCAAUGUAUAUGGUCUUUGUUAAAGAAUAAAAUGAUUGUCUAAUUGAUUAUA